UUUGUUUGAAGCAAAAAUGGUGACCAAAAGUUUGGCUAACUCAAUGCUUGCGUUGAGGAUAGUUGCUCUUGCAACUUCAGCUGCAACAAUGGCCUUACUCGUUACUGACAACUACACAUUUCAAAACGGUGCAGAGCUCAAAUAUCAAGAUUUCAAUUCAUACAGCCUUGUGGUGGCUAUUGCAGCAAUUUCGUGUGCAUAUUGUAUAGUGCAGCUUCCGUUUUCCAUAUACUAUGCAAUGAGACAGAAGAGGCUCAUAAACAAUGGAUUCUUGCCAGAAUUUGACUUCUAUGGAGACAAGGUAAUUAGUCUGUGUCUGGGCGUAGCCAUUGGGAGUGGUUUUGCACUGUCUGUGGAAUUAAAGAAGUUCAUCGAGGAUCAUGUGAAAGCUUCGGAUGAUUUUAAGGGCACAUACAACAAGAUUUUGAUUCGAGGAUUCAUUUCUUCUGCUUUUCUUCUCGUCACCUUCUUCUCCAUGGCUUUCCUUUCAUUCAUUUCUUCCAACAAUCGACCCAGAAAGCAACCCAACCCCUACUAA